AUGGAGGGCUUACGAUGGUUGUCAGACGAGGAAAAAGAGAGGCUGAACGACGCAAGGUUUAAAGGGAAAAAUUGCGCACAGCCCCGCCGUCAGCGCUCUGCAACCCCUCCAUUCACUUCCCACUCCCGCCUGGACUCUCUCAGUGAAUGGGAACUGGUGUGGGACCACCUCGACCCGGACCAAACGUUCUGGAACUUGCGCUCUUGGGGGGGGGACGGUCCGACUUUGACCAAUCAGGAGCGGCUGUUUCGACUCUCGGUCACUUCACAUGCUCCAUCCGAUCGCAGGCCUCCCUCUUCGAUUGUGUCGCACAUUGCGCUUCUGGGCAUCAGCGUACCAUUCAGGAGGGCUUUCACUCAAAGACGUCAAGAAACACCGCAAAACUUAAAAGUCAAGAUCUUUGUCUCGAAUUAUCUGCCUAGUUACAUGCGCGCGGUCGGAGGAGCAAGUCGAGCCAAGAGCCUCACCAAACACGUCUUGUUCUCCGCCGGCCAGAAAAAGCAAAGAAACCUUCUCCAAUCUCCAGAAGGCCAAAUCGAAUCUCUCCAAAAACCCCCCCAAAAUAUGAGAGCCCAUGAGCUCUUGAUGAAUAUCCCCGUUUUAUCGAUGUUGUUGAAAGGACGAAACGAUUGUUGGCCCCUAUGCAAUGCGUGCGCAAUCAGGUAUCUCCUGUAUAAUCUUGUCGGACCGUUUCUACACCGAAAUGCCAUCGUUCGUAAGGGAAGAAACUCAAGUCUUCCCGAAAUCGUUGCGCGUCUCAUGAUCAGCUUCGUGACUGGCGUAUCGUCAAAGGAAUAA